AUGUUGCUUGUCGGGCGCUUUUUAACUGGCCUGGGAGCCGGCAUGGUAAAUUGUAGCAUCCCUCUCUAUCAGGCCGAGGUGUCACCACCCAAGCAACGCGGCCGCAUGGUGGGAUCCCAUGGCGUGAUGCUCAGCGCUGGGUUUGCCUUCGCAGGGUGGGCAGGCUACGGUUGCUAUUAUGAACCAAACCACGACAUUCAGUGGCGAUUAUUGCUCUGUCUCCAAGUUGUCAGCCCCGCAAUUCUCCUGGCUGUGACCCCCUGGUUACCGGAAUCGCCACGGUGGCUGGUCCUGAACGACAAAACAGACCUUGCCUUCCGAACCCUGAAAAGGCUUCACCAGACUGCUGGAGAUAGCGACGACACUGUUGCCCGCGAAGAGCUCAUCCAAAUUUUCGCCCAGAUUGAACUAGAGAAGGCCAAGUCGCGGAGCUUGAUAUCAAUGCUGCAAAUACCGUCUUAUAGAAGGCGCUUGCUGACGGGGUUUUUCAUACAGUUCCUGUGCCAGAGUUCUGGGGUCACGGUAAUCAACAACUACUCGGUGAUGCUAUACACAAUGCUCGGUAUACCUAGCGACGUUCAACUACUUAUCUACGCAAUCUGGCUCACUUGGUCCUGUAUAUCAAACCUCAUCGGUAGUCUGAUUGUCGACAGGCUUGGUAGAGUCCUGAUGUUUAAGAUUGGAUUUGUCUCCUCCGUGGUUGCGCUUUCCAUAUAUACGGGAUUGAUGAGUGUCUACAGCUCGCAAGAGAGCAAGGUCGGAAGCGGCGCUGCGCUGGCAUUUGCGUUCCUUUUUCUGGGUUGCUUCGGCAUAUUCGUCGACGCAGUGUCUUACAUCUACGUGGGGGAGAUAUUCCCUCUGUUCAUGCGGGCAACGGGCAUCAGCUUCUCGAUAUCCGGUUGGUUCAGCGCGGCGCUGGUCUACAAUGAAGUUGCUGCUACUGCGUUCAACCAAAUCGGCUGGAGGUACAAUCUGGUUUUCAUCUGCAUUACCGUCGUGUCAUUGCCCGUCAUCAUUUUUCUAUUGCCGGAGACGAAGAACCUGCCCCUAGAGGAAGUGUCACGACUAUUUGGCGAUGAGGUUGCCCUUGGCGCUGGCCACAUGACAGCUGAAGACAAGGAGCGUAUUGUGGAAAGUCUUGUGAGAAGGGGGGCGAAGGGCGACGUUGUUCAGCAGUUGGUCGGUACAGCCGUUGAAAUUGAAAGGCUUUAG